AUGGCCACAUUACCUUCGCAAAGUCUAAGCAUAUCGAGUAACCUAUCCAAACGUGUUCAUAGAGAAGUUAGAUUUGGAAAUUAUAUUCUUGGAUCAACGCUUGGAGAAGGUGAGUUUGGAAAAGUCAAAUUAGGUUGGAGAAAAGAUGGGAAACAACCAUCUCAAGUCGCCAUUAAAUUAAUAAAACGAGAAGCAUUGGUAAAAGAUUCGGAAAGCGAAAUCAAAAUCCAUAGAGAAAUUAACUCAUUAAAGUUAUUAAAUCACCCUAAUAUCAUUAACUUGGUGGAAGUCAUGAAAUCAGGGAAGUAUAUUGGAAUAGUACUAGAAUAUGCUCUGGGUGGGGAAUUAUUUGAUUAUAUUUUGCAUCAUAAAUGUUUAAAAGAGAAUGUUGCAAAGAAGUUAUUUGCUCAAUUAGUUAGUGGAGUUGAUUACAUGCAUUCUAAAGGGUUAGUUCACCGUGAUUUGAAGUUGGAAAACUUAUUAUUGGAUAAGCAUAAAAAUGUGGUAAUAAGUGAUUUCGGGUUUGUCAAUUCAUACAAUAAAGAUAAGAAUGAUUUGAUGAAAACAAGUUGUGGAUCUCCAUGUUAUGCAGCUCCAGAAUUAGUGCUAACUCAAGCACCUUAUGAAGGUAGAAAAGUUGAUAUUUGGUCCUUAGGGGUGAUUCUUUAUGCUAUGCUUUCAGGAUAUUUACCUUUUGAUGAUGAUCCAGAUAAUGAAGAUGGAGCAGAUAUUGUUAAAUUGUACCAUUAUAUUUGCAAAACUCCUUUAACAUUUCCGGAAUAUGUCAGUCCAUUAGCCAGAGACUUACUUCGGAAAAUCAUUGUUCCUAAUCCAAAGAAAAGAAUCACCAUGAAUGCCAUUAGAAAUCAUCCUUGGCUAAUGUCUUAUGCCAACUUAUUAUCAAUAAGACAACCGGAAUGGGAUAAAUUGCAUAGAGAACGUAAGGGUACAGAAUUAGCAGUUAUGAAUUCGGGUCAUAAGAGGUUCUCAAUGAUUAAUGAUGUAACCACUUCAUCUUCCCUUUAUACGGGUACCGGUGGUGGUAAUAUACCUCAACUGUUACAAUUCGGGGGUGGAGGAUCAGGAACUACUCCAAGGUCAUUUUCAUCUUCCACAAUCACCAAUUUGUAUGCUAAUCCUUCCACUUCAUCAUCCUUCACCAAUGCAGUGGUUAAGACCACCAAUUCAUCAACACAAAUAUCUUCCUUAAGCAGUAAUACCUCCAGAUCAAUGGUUUCUUCUGCGUCACUGUAUUCUCAACCAUUUGACUCCGCAUUGUUCAUUGUUCCACACAAUAGCGAUUCAGGUACCGCACCAGGCACUACCAUUCAAGGUCCAAUAGCAACUUCAGGUACGCAAUCCAAAUCCAAUUCAUCUUCACCUCAAAGAAGGGGACAUACCAAAGCCGCAUCGAUCUCCACACCUUUUGCAUUGGGUAGUGGUGCGUCUACCACAACGUCGGCCUCGUCUACUCCAUUCUUUUCAGCCAGUUGUGCAUUACAAGCAAUGGUAAAUGAUCAAACUCCUGUUUCAAGUCCUAGCCCUGAACUGACAUUAUUUACUGGUAAAGUGUAUCAAACUGCUGCCUCUGGAGGUGGAGGUGUUAGACCAAAUGGGUACACAGGAUCUAUCUUUUCUACCAUCACUGAAUCUCCUUCCCAACUGCAAGACAGCGCAUCAGAACGGAAUGUAGGUGAUGCAACACCUACAAGGAGAGAAUUUGGUAUCUCCAAUUCUUCAUCCUCGAAUACUAUUAGCAGAUUACCUCAUCACAAUAAGAAGCCUCGUCCAACAUCUUAUCAUCCAGCAUCGUUAUCAUCAUCUUUAGCUACUGCACCUACAACAAAUGAUACCGAAGGUAGUGAACAACCCCAAUUUAUGGCUGAUUAUUGGAAGAAUCCCAGUUGUCUAGCCAUACCACUUUUAUCUGGAUCACCUACCAAAUCACCACCAUUUGAAGGAGUUAGCAAUGAAUACGGAAUGAGUGGGCAACCUUCACCAACUCGAGCUGGAUCCAUUAAUUCAAGAAGAAAUUCUGUGGUUGCUCAUGUACACGUUAAUGGCGUGCUACUGAAUGAAGAUUCCAGUAAUAAGCGGAAUUCUGUUUUGAGUUAUUUGGAGGAUAAGAUUGAAGGUUUAGAUUUGUGUCCACCUAUUGAAAAGAAGGUCUCCAACACUAAUGAGAAAAGAGGAGAAGUGAAAUUGACUAUUACCCCUCAGAUUAAUCAACCUCCAGUGUUUGAUAGUCAAACAAGUUCACCUGAAGUGAAGGAGGUGAUUGAACUGAAUCCCUCCAUUGUGAAGUUGGCCAACAUUCCGGUACUAACGGAAUCAGAAAAUGUCGGUGGUCUUGAAGAGAAGAGACCUCCGGUACCGGCCAAAGAAAAGCCGUUGCCUGCUAUCAAAGCUCCACCACCUACUGAAACAGAUAUGGUUCCGGAAACAUGGAAGAAACCAACAUCAUCAGUUGAUGCUUCAAGAAGAUCUAGCAUGUAUGAAGCGAACAAAGAGAAUAGUCACAUGAAACAGCAGAAGAAACGGAACCGGUUCAGUUUGUUGUCGUUCUACAGCUCAUACAGUGGGUCGACCACCUCAGUGAACUCCAUGGCCACCGUAACUGAUAGUAAUAAUGUUAUUGCUAAAGCACCUGGUCGAGAUUACACCGCCCAAACACCCAAGAAGGUCUUGGAACCAACCAACAUUACUAACAAUAAUGUUAUUAAUAGUGGUCACCAUCAGAAACGCGUAGAGUCCAGUGGAUCGCUGAAAUCGACUGGAUCAAGGUCCAAAAAAUCAUCAGCCAGUUCAAGCAACGGAUCAGCAAAGGAAGCCAGUGCUGCUCGGAAGGUGAUGGACUUCUUCAAACGGCGUAGUGUUCGUAUUGGAUGA